AUCAAGCACCUCUACUCCGCAUCUCAAUUCAAUCGUGAUGAACGUCACGGGACUUCCUUAUAAGCGCACACCCGUGAAAUGACUUUAAAAUAUUCACUGUCGAGUUUGACGUAGAGCCUUAUAAGUGGAGUCUUCAGGUAGGAGGUGUUUGGGCUGCAUCUGCCUAAGAAAACCUUCAGUGCGUCUUGCUAGCGUGGACAACAAGGCUCUGCUAUGGCUUGCAUUCGCUCUAUCACCUCUGAAGGCUCGUGUGAUGAUCUCCAUAAACUUCAGCCUAACAAGAAAACCCAGCAGAAGUCCAUCACGCAGAUCUACACGGACUGGGCCAACCAUUACCUGCAGAAGAGCCGCAGUCGCCGCCACAUCACCGACCUGCAGAAUGACGUCAUGGAUGGAACGAUUCUUGCUGACGUCAUCGAAGCCGUCACUGGUCUCAAAGUUCCCGAUGUCGUCAAGAAACCAAAAGGUUCCGCUCAAAUGGUUGAGAACAUCAACGCAUGCCUUGUGUUUCUGUCGGGUUUGGGCGUGGCACUCGACGGCUUCACCGCUCGCGACGUCAAAGAGGGCAACCUCAAGGCGGUCUUGUCGCUCUUCUUCGCCCUCUCCAGGUACAAGCAACAGCAGAAGCAACUGCUGCAAGAAAGAAGAGAACUUGAUAAACUCCGUGAGAAGAAGAUGGAAAGCGAGUCAACGGCGCCUGCGCCAAAUAGAGCACUCAAGCAGAAGAUGCUUGACGGUGUGGGGGAGUGCAUGACGUUGGGGGCACAGGUCUGA